AUGGGAUUGGUGAGCAGCAAAAAGCAGGUCAAGGAGAAGGCUAAGGGCCGAUGGAGCCCCACGAAGAACAGCACCCUGAACAAGAGCCCACCACCACUGCCACCACUGGUUGUCUUUAAUCAUCUUACUCCUCCACCUCCUGAUAAAGACCCAGACCAAGAGGAGCAUUUUGUGGUGGCGCUGUAUGACUACAACGCAAUGAAUGACCGGGACCUGCAAAUGCUGAAAGGAGAGAAGCUGCAGAUCCUGAAGGAAACUGGAGACUGGUGGCUGGCCAAAUCACUCGUCACUGGAAGAGAAGGCUAUGUGCCCAGCAACUUUGUUGCCCGAGUAGAGACCCUGGAAGUGGAAAAGUGGUUCUUUAGAUCAAUUAGUCGCAAAGAUGCUGAGAGGCAGCUUCUGGCCCCAGUCAAUCAGGCUGGCUCAUUCCUUAUUAGAGAAAGUGAAACCAAUAAAGGUGCCUUUUCACUGUCUGUGAAGGAUGUAACCCCCCAGGGGGAGGUGGUCAAACACUAUAAGAUCCGUUCAGUGGAUGGAGGAGGCUACUACAUCUCCCCAAGGAUCACCUUCCCCUCGCUCCAAGACCUGGUCCAGCACUAUUCUCAGAGAGGGGAUGGUUUGUGCCAGAAGUUGACCCUGCCCUGUGUGAGCCUGGCACCUCAGAACCCCUGGGCCCAGGAUGAAUGGGAAAUCCCCCGGCAGUCCCUCAAACUGGUCAGGAAACUUGGGUCUGGGCAGUUUGGCGAAGUCUGGAUGGGUUAUUACAAGAACAACAUGAAGGUGGCCAUCAAGACCUUGAAGGAGGGAGCUAUGUCUCCAGAAGCCUUCCUGGGAGAGGCCAACAUGAUGAAAACUCUCCAGCACGAGAGGCUGGUCCGUCUCUACGCCGUGGUCACCAAGGAGCCCAUCUACAUCGUAACCGAGUACAUGGCCAGAGGAUGUCUUCUGGAUUUCUUGAAGACGGAUGAAGGGAGCAAGCUGUCUUUCCCGAGACUGAUUGACAUGUCAGCCCAGAUUGCCGAAGGAAUGGCAUACAUCGAGCAAAGGAAUUCCAUCCAUCGUGACUUGAGGGCAGCAAACAUCCUGGUGUCUGAGACCCUGUGCUGUAAAAUUGCCGACUUUGGCUUAGCGCGGAUCAUUGACAAUGAGUACACCGCCCAGGAGGGUGCCAAGUUCCCCAUCAAGUGGACAGCCCCAGAAGCCAUUCACUUUGGAGUGUUCACCAUCAAAGCAGACGUAUGGUCAUUUGGAAUUCUCUUGAUGGAAAUUGUCACCUAUGGGCGUGUACCAUACCCAGGCAUGAGCAACCCCGAGGUCAUCCGCAAUCUGGAGCGUGGAUAUCGCAUGCCGCGCCCGGACUCAUGCCCCCCCGAGCUGUACAACGGGGUCAUCACCGAGUGCUGGCGCAGCCGCCCGGAGGAGCGGCCCACCUUCGAGUACCUGCAGUCGGUGCUCGAGGACUUCUACAUGGCCACCGAGCAGCAAUACGAGCUCCAGCCCUAGGCUUCCCGGCCGCUGCCACCCCCAGGGCUCCAGGGGAUGCUCACCUGGAGGAGAUGCACCUGAUGCUUCGUGUGCC